UCGGUGGGGCUUAGUCAUCGCUGCUUUUGUGUCGUGCAUCUGUCACCUGAGAUCUCUUCCAGUAACAUUCUGAAGCUGAUCAGCUGUAGCAUCAUGAAUCUGUGGAUCAGCAGUCAUCUCCUGGUAGUGGGGCUGUUUCUGAGCACCUCGGCUCUGUCACCUGAAGAAUGCCAACCCUUGGUCACACCUCUGUCUCUGGCUGACCGCUCAAUAAUGUACGGCAGGACGAACUUCAUCAUGGGUUACAGUGAUCAUGAAUUAUAUAAGAGCAUCCUGAAGUUAACUGAGAGCUCCUGGUUAAACAUCACCCCAUCAUCAAGCCCAGAUAAAGUCGUAAUGUCUCAGGAGAACAAGAUAAAUGGAACUUGCUCUGGCUCAUCUGUCAAUAUAACCAUUGACAGCAACAUUCUGACAUCUCAACUCGCCAACCUCACCUCGGUGGCCCACCUGCUGCAGAGUUGUGACGGCUGUCUGCUCUUGAACAUAAACAGCACCGCCAAAAACUUCAGGAAGUUACUGGACAAGAUGAAAUUCAGCAGUGAUGUUGCAGAGGAUGACAUCAGUGCUCGCUCUCUUUAUUUGAUGAGCAAAGAGUCGACCCUGAAGGACUCAGACCUAGAACAUUUUAAGCAACAGGCACGCUGCCUUGGCUUCUCCGGAGAGCCAGACUACAUCUAUGACCCCAAGAACGAAUUCUGUGCUGAAGGCGAGGGCGUUAAGAUGACAUCUGACUAAAUUUAAGAGCAACUUUAAUGAAUAUUUCAAACUGAAACUGAGGAAGAAAAGAGAUAAAAGGUGACUCAAACAUCAAA